GUCAAAUAGAAGAGGAGACAACCAAACAUAACCUAUGUUCUAAAGUCUAUAUUAUUACUCUUAUACUACUUUUCAUCAUUCAACAUUUUUUUCUAUUCUACAUCAACAUUUCUCCUGAAUAUUCACCAAUAUUCCCUUUUUUCACACGGUUGAUUCACAUCAACCAAAAUACCAGAAAAAAAAAAACACCAAAAUUUUGAUUUUUAAGAAUUACCCAAUUCAGUUAUUGCCUCAAUUUUCUCAAAAAUUGAAUCUUUUGUGAAUCUGAAGGGGGUUUGAAAGUGGGUUUGGGUCAGAUUUGAAGAUGGGUUCGUCGGAGAGUCCAACGUUGUCAUCUUCGACGAAUGUUGCUGGUUUAAUUGUUGAUGAUAAUUCAACUUUUGUUGAUUCAUUGCCCAUUUAUGUCAGAGAAUUGAUUGCUGGAGGUGCUGCUGGUGCUUUUGCUAAAACUGCGGUUGCUCCUCUUGAACGAAUUAAGAUUCUUUUUCAGACUCGAACAGAUGGAUAUCGUUCUCUUGGGGUCUGCAGAUCACUAAAGAAAGUCCUAGAUCAGGAAGGAAUACAUGGGUUGUAUAAAGGGAAUGGCGCAAGUGUUCUCCGGAUUGUUCCUUAUGCCGCUUUACAUUUCAUGACAUAUGAGCGGUAUCGGAUUUGGCUGUAUGAUAAUUGUCCUUCCCUGGGGACAGGACCCGUUGUAGAUCUUUUAGCUGGUUCAGCAGCUGGAGGGACUGCAGUUUUAUGCACAUAUCCCUUGGACUUGGUUAGAACAAAGCUCGCAUAUCAGGUAGUUGACAGACGGUCUACUUUCAGGAGCUGUGGCAACACCUCACCAUCAUACAGUGGAAUACAUGAUGUAUUUAGGCGUCUUUACAAUGAAGGUGGUGUGCGUUCUCUGUACCGCGGUGUGGGACCAACACUUGUUGGAAUCCUUCCAUAUGCGGGUUUGAAGUUCUAUAUCUACGAGGAGCUUAAAAGAAGAGUUCCCGAAGAGCAUCAAAAUUCUAUAGUAUUACGUCUUUCUUGUGGAGCUUUGGCUGGCUUAUUUGGACAGACCUUCACAUACCCAUUGGAUGUUGUUAGACGACAAAUGCAGGUCGAAAAUUUGCAGUCGGGUGGAGUGAGGUAUCAAAAUACCAAAGAAGGUCUUAUAGGGAUUGUCCAAAUUCAAGGAUGGAGGCAGCUAUUUGCUGGUCUGAGUAUCAACUACAUGAAAGUUGUCCCAUCUGUAGCCAUCGGCUUUACAACGUACGAUAUCAUGAAGUCUUGGCUAAACCUAUCACCUGACCACAAGCAACGGAUAUCCACUGGGUGAAGAUUCAAACAUCUCCACGACAGCUAUACAAGGUAGAAAACAAAUGCAAGUCCUCUUAUUCGAUAACACAACCGUGCAGUCGUAUCUAGAUGUGACUUGUUAACAUCGAUUCAUUUACUAUUUUUGCUCAUAACUAUAGAAAGUUCGAUAAUCAAUUUUAAUACAGAUGAUUAAAGUAUACAUUGAUUUGAUACAAGCCUCGAAUUCGAUUUUUGAUUUGUACAAAGCUAAUUGAACUCUAGGUUACCCUCAAACGGAUAAUAGAGUAACAUUUUGCCGAACUAAUAAUUUCGUACUAGUUUUACAUCUAUCUAGAGCGACGAAUACAGUCGAUAGUUAUGGACUAUAGAAUGACAGUCCGCAUUUGCAUUUCCAGCUAAUAGGCUCAUAAUUUGCAUAUUGUAUUCCUAAAUGGCCACUGACUGUGGGAACUUGUGUGGCUACACAAGGGGUGCAACCGGAACACCUGUGGUCACAGUUCGGUGGUCGAGAUCCUAAUUCUUUCAUUCCUUUGUAUAUUUCUUCUGUUUGUUCCUGCUAAAGAUUAACAAAUGUUAUUACACAAAUUCUUAUUUGAGAUGGUCUCACUGUGAGAUGUGCCCUAUAUUUGGGUUAAAUAGCCCAAUAAUAGAAACUUUUAGUAUAAUGAGCCUUUUGUAUGGACUCGUCUCACGGUGAGACGGUCUCAUAAAGGGGCUGUAUUAUUGUGUAAAGAGUAAAGAGAGAACAAACAGACAGACUCUAUAAGAACUUUAGUCAGAAAGAGUUUAUACCUGUAUUGAACUGCAAGGAUCUUGUAAUUUUCCUGGACUUCCAUCAAUGUCUGGACAAUAACAAACAGAAGCUUUAGCAAAGAUUGUUUCAAGGCAUUGUCACAUGAUUCGCUAAUUGUCAAAUAACCAACUUAACUAAAAGCUUAAGUUGAUGGUUGAGACUCCAAGAUAUGUUAUAUAUUCUAACACGCCCCCUCACACGAGAGCACAUUAGGCUAAAAGUGUGAAUUCGCACAAGCGCUGAAUAUUCCACUUGAAAUGAGGCGUGGUUGAAUUCGAACCCAUGACCUUUUGUCACGUUGGCAUCUAAUACAUGUUAAAGAACCAAUCAACCAUAAGCUUAAGUUGAUAGUUGAGACCCAAGAUAUGUUCUAUACUCUAACACUAAUCGCAAAUCGAUGAAUGCAUAUUGUGGUCGGUUUUGAGUUAUUUUUGGGUUGUUUUGAGCGAAUUGCGAAUUAACUAGAGAGUUAUGUUAUAUUUACCUGAUAGUUGAGAAGUAUAAUGAUUUGGUGUGAAGGGUCUACUUGUUGAAGGAACCCAAGCCAUAAUUUGCAGAAGUAAUAGUAAACAAAAGGAUAAUUGUCUUCUCAUUGCUUCAAAAACUCAAAUGAUGGUUAAAAUGAUUAUGUUUGGAAGAUGAAUUAGAUUACUUGGAGUUGAACAUAACCAAGCAUGAGUUUGAAUGUUUGAUGGUUAUAUAUACUAGUACUCCGUAUAGAAGUAUAAAAAGCAAAGCUGAAAAAGAAAAAACUGAAUAAAACAGAGAGAAAACACUCAAGUUAAUUGGUUGUGCUUGUUUCUUACCCCUACUAGUACUACAUUGGGAUUUGGGAGUAGAGAGAUAUAAUAAAUACUUUCUUCCUCUUUCUCAUUUCGUAUCACUUUUUAUUUUAAUUUGUCCCACUAAUUUUAUACUUUAUCUUCAAAACAGACCCGAUAACCCGACAUUGUAAACAGAUCUGAAUUUGGCCCGACUUCAAAAUGACUUUAAAAUCUUGGAAGACAAUAUUGACGCAAGACUCAAAUUAGAACUAACCUGAAACACCUACUCUGAUAUCGACCUGUUAUCCGAAUGAACAUCUCUAAUUUUAACCACUCGUUUACAUUUUCCAUUUGUUCUUUGUCUAAUUUUCCUACUUAAUUUUCCUUUCAAUUAGAGACAAAUGGAGUAGACAUUGCUUGAAAGACAAGGGAUUGUUUGUGGGUUUUUUUAGUGGGAUUCUCUACUACAACACCCAACCUCCUGGUACUCAUAUUUCUAUGACAACUCAGUUGUAUAACCCCAAUAAAAAAGGGAUUUUCUUUAUAUUUUUGGGUACCUUCACCUGAAAGUAGGAUGAUUACACCUUGCAUUGUCCUUCAAAAUGGGGAAGUUGUGAAGGCCAAAAUGACAGCUGCCAUUUAAGUAUCUGAGAAAGAAGAUAGGACUUAUUAGGACUUAGGAGUGGUUACUAGUUAUCAGACCUACAAAAUCUGGACAUUUAUCUUAGAAGGAAGGAAAGGGCAGGAAUAGGAUAGUAUAGGGAUCAUUGACUGCAAUGCCUUUUCUCUGUAUUCUAUUAUUUGGUUUCUACAACUGGGAAGAGAAGAGAUCUUCAGUUGCAGAAUCCCACCUUUCUUUAUCCUUCAUUUAUUGCCUCAGAAGUUAUGAUUCAGUCAUCAAUUUUGCAGGUGCUCCUCCU